UGCAGUACGAUUAACUUUAUGUGAUUCCUGAAGGUUAUUUGCUACCGGUAAAUAGUGGCUCAGAACAGUUUAAAUGAUGUUAGGAAUCGACUGAGUGAAAUUUCUAGAAGAACACCUAAAUUUGUACCAUCUACAGCGCCAUCUGCCGGCCACUCUGCAUGACGGCCGUGUAGUUGAUGGGUCUGUCCAUAGGGGGCAGCAGAGCCCCACUGCUACUCACCCGCCGAUGUUUACUUCCUGUGUUGUCCACCUUUGAGAAACGAGGGAAAGUCAAACAAGUGUCGCUUUUUUAUCUCACAAAGUAGAGAUGAUAUGGCUGAGAAAAUGUUCCUUCCGGUAUCAUUGUUAGAUAGAUGGACACAAGAGAACGAUGAGCUGACAGUAAAAUGUAAGCAAGAAAGACAAAAUGCUCUGUGCCCAGACCAAAACCACACCGGUUUGAGAUGGUGUUCCUCUGAGUUUCACAAACUUGCAAGGAAAAUACAAGGCACCCCUCCACAUGCAGAUUAUGCCCAGCUGGAGCUUUCGGUUGUGUAUAAUGUCUGCAUGUGCUUUGUUUCUCAGUCUCAGUUCACAGAGGCAGAAUUACUCCUCAAACAAGCUAUAGAGAGAGUUCAACAGAUGACAGAAGGUGACAGUCGUAUGUCAGUCCCUGUACAGCUUUGGAGAUCAGCUCUCAAAUAUGUGGAAAACACAGCAUUGUAUCCGUUUGUACUGCGCCUCCUCUGUGUACAGUGGGCAAUAUGGCUUGCCAACUGCCAGUUUAAAACUAUGAAGGAGUUUCAGAAGGAGAUUUCUUCUUUGUUAGAGACACUAAAUCAGGAAAAGGAAUCACUGAAUCAGGAAAAGGAAAAGUCCUCUAACGUUCCAAAACUAGUAAUGGAUCCUAGAAGACUUGUUGAAUUAUUGCAGAUCUCCACUGCCAUUGCUGAAGGUGCAGAAAAGCUGAAUGAGGGUCAAGGUUCAGAGGUGCUCCCUGUCCUCCGGGAAGCCUCUGACAUGCCAGCCCCCCGAGCUCUGAUAUCAUACACACACCUCCUCUCAGGCUCCUGCCUCGCCCAUAUGAACCGCCCUCAGAUGGCAUUGCAGUGUUACAGACAGGCACUGGAGACAGACUCCAGAUGUGUGUGUGCUCUGUAUCAGAGCACACUGGUCUACAGGCAGCUGGGAAACACACAGGCUGAGAUACAGGCCCUCCGUAUACUGCAUUCUACAUUGUUGUUACCCUCUACUGCAGAGCCAUCUGUGACUGGUAUCCAUCUCUCUCCAUCCUUACUCCUGCGCAGCCAAUCACUGAGCAGCCUGCUCUCAGUCCCGUCUGCCCUCAGUGUCCUUCACAGUCUGGCCCUGAAGUGUGUGCUCUAUGGCAGAGUGUCAGAGGGUGUCCAACAUUAUCUGGACCUGCUGGCUGCUCUUCACUCAGAAGACCAACAAGGAGUAUACGCUGACGUUUCCACCCUCCCAAAAUUACCCAAGCUCUACCUGGAAGCAGGCACUGCCUUGCUCAUGGCCCAGCAGCCCACAGAUUGUAUGGCGCUCUGUAGUGAAGUCAUCAGCACGACACUAGAGCUGCUGCCUGACAGAGUGGUGCUGGAGGAGCCAGAGGAGAGCGGUGGGGCUGAGACCGAGGAUGAGGGAGAUGAAGGUCAGGACAGAGUGGCAGUGGUGCUCUGGGUUGCUGCUGCCUACCUCCUGCAGGCUCACUGCUACACCCACACGAGGGAGUGGAAACAAGCUGUCACCCACUACACAAGGUGCAUUAACUUGCUCGUGAAGGUGCUCUUUAAAAAGAAAGUUACAUGUUUCCAACCACAAAGUCUCAGUCCACACACGGAUGUCAAGUGGGGAAUGGAACAGUGGAUUGUUCAGAGACUGAAAGGGCUGUCAUUAGCUGGAAGGGGCAUUAGCUUUACCCAGAUGGAUCACAUGAAAGAGGCCCUGAGAGACCUACAGCUCAGUUCACAGGUGCUCCCAGAGGGUGUGGGUGCAGGACUGUGGUGUGGUGAGGUGCUAUGGAAGCUUGGCAGGCGGCACGAGGCAGCAGCUUGUUGGAAAAAGACCUGGAGCCUCCCUAAACAAUCCUUACCAGAGAAUCUUCCUUUGUAUGUGCGAGAAGAACAGUGGAGCCCUACGUUGGAUUCCACAGAACUGCGUCACAAAAUACAGGAACUUGAUCCUUUGUAGUCAACCUGGAGACAAAGAAAGAA